AUGAACGAUACAGACAAGUUUCAGGAGGAGUUUGAUGUUGAGCUGAUGGAAGAAAUAGGAAAACAAACGAUUUCGCAGUUUCUCGAAAAAAUUUACUACAAAGAAGAAAAAACAAAUUUCUGGGUGUCCCAAAUUUUGGACACAACCUUGAAGGAGUUGUCUAAAUUAAACAAGCCAUUUAAAUAUGUUGCUACCUGCAUAUUAAUGGAGAAAAACGGAUCCCCUCUAACAACAUCGAAUGUUUGCUUAUGGGACGAAAAUUCAGACGGCCUCUGUAGUGUUCAGAUGGGCAAUGAAACAUUGGACUGUAUUCUUUGUAUAUAUGCAAUAAAAACAUGA